GGAUCUUCCACUACAUCUGCUCAUGAUCUCUACCCAGUUAAUCGUGAGUCCAUAAGUUUUGACGUCAGUGAAACUUCGCCACUUUCAUACUAGUGUUAUGUUCAAUAAGCAAGAGAGUUUCGAAAUUUCAUAUGGUUCAGCUUGUUGAUGAGACAUUGAAGUCAGAGGUCAGCCAAAAACAAGCGGUAACUAUGGUUAAAGCAGUCCUUUUGGACACAAAUGCAUCGCCUACAAUUAGACCUACCAUGUCCGAAGUUGUGAACAUGCUUGAAGGUCGAAUGGCUAUUCCUGACACAAUUCUGGAACCCAGUAGCUAUGCUGAAGAUUUGAGAUUUAAGGCCACGAGAGACCUCCGUCAACACUCUCAACGUCUGCAUGGGAGCCAAACCCUAAAUUUAACAGCAGUGCAUACAUAUGGCUCUUCCUCUACAUCUGACCAAGAAUUCUAUGAGAUUAAUCCAGGAUCAAAACCGUAAGAUGUACGUGGGUGUUAGUUGGGUGACUGAAGAGCCACCAGUUUUGUCCCAGAUGCCAUAUUGAAGUUUUGCUGCUUGCCUUCUUUUAGCUCAGGGGGAUCAUUAAGCUUUGCAGUGGGAAUACAUUGAUAUGCAAAUAUUUUUGUGCAAGUUUUUGUUUUCUAUCAACUUUUUUUUUUUGUAUGAAAUUGUAAAUUUAAUUUAUUCGAA